UAUAUUCACUGGCGCAUAAUAACUAAGAUGGCGGAUGCGCGGAACCUUACGUACAGAGAGCUGCAGCAGUUAUUUGUGAGUAAUUUGAAUGGCACGACGUUGUCCGAGAUUGCGGUGGUUGUUUCAUCAGCACCACUAGCUGUUCUUCUCAGAACAUUCCUUGGGGUGACCUUACUUCGGAGUCUGUCUAUUGAUUCUCCCUUCAAAUCAAGUGCAAUCAUAUUACUGGAUUAUGCUACUUUAGUGUUCCCAGUGCUUAUGAACUUCACUAUAAUGUCAGAGCAUGUUGGUAUAUACUUCAUCACCAUGGUAACUGUCAUGCUCAGCUUGACUGUCACCUUGAUCAUCACCAACUCCAAUCAUGCUGUUCCAACAAUGAGCCAGAUUUUACAAUCAAGGAUGUCUGGACGUCAGCCUUUCAUCUGCAACUUUAGGGCAUAUGUUUUAAUUGCCACUGCUAUUAGCAUACUUGCAGUAGAUUUUAAAAUAUUUCCACGCCGGUUUGCUAAGGCAGAGACCUACGGUAGUGGUUUGAUGGAUGUAGGGGUCGGUGCAUUUGUUGUUUCCAAUGCCAUUGUGUCUCGGGAAGCCAGGCAGGCACACAAGCCUCUUGGUGGUAUUGUUAAAAACACUGUGAGCUCCAUCCGGUCUGGGUUACCAUUGCUAGUACUUGGCAUGAUGCGGUGUGUAGCAGUGAAAAGCACUGAUUACCAGGAACAUGUAUCAGAAUAUGGUGUACACUGGAAUUUCUUCCUGACACUUUUUGUAGUAAGGGUCCUAUCUUCUUUUAUUGUGUGUAUAAUUCCUGGCUCAAAGCUGUAUGGACUGGCUGGUUUUUUGCUAGCUAUACUGUACCAGUACUUCCUGUCUAAUCUUGGUCUAAAGCAGAUUGUCCUCUAUGGUAGCAAUAAUGAUGGUUCUAGAAAUGGAUUGCUGGAUGCUAACCGUGAGGGAUUGGUAUCCAAUAUUGGGUACUUGGCUUUGUAUUUUUUGGCUCUACAACUCGGGAAAUUUCUUUUUGAGAAGAGGGACACAUUUGCAUCAUGGAUGACGGUGUUUUUUGUGUUGUUCAGUCUGGAUGCUUUGUUUUGGAUUGGAACUUUGCUCUGUAGCCAUAAUAUCAGUCCAGUAUCAAGACGCCUAGCGAACCUUUCUUUUGUUCUGUGGCAGAUGGCUUACAACAUUCAGCUAUUAGCAAGCUUCCUGCUAGUUGACCUGCUUUCUACUGCUGUCCAGACUCUCCUAAGAACUGAGGGCUCACCUGCAGGAGGCUGUGAGAAGUGUUACCCUUUCUACAGCCAUUCAUCUUUACGUCGCAAAUCGAUCAAGGAGUGUGAAUGCCAGUGUCUCAUUGCAGCCAUUAACAGAAACCAAUUGGUAUAUUUCUUGUUAGCCAACAUUCUUACUGGGGCAGUAAAUUUCCUAGUGCAAACUCUGUAUUGUGGUACAUGGCUUAGCUUUCUUAUUAUCUGUGGUUACAUGUUUGCAGUUAAUUUGAUAGCUCUUGUGCUGCAUAGUUGCAAUAUAACAUUGAGAGUAUAAUUUGAAGCUUAUAGAGCACAGACCAUAGGCAAUUCUUGCUCCCAGCUUAGUAAUUUUAUCAGUCUUAUAAGAAGUGGUCUCCUUUGCAGUCUCCUGAUAUGUUAUGAUCUUGUGGCUCAUUUGGGUCACCAAGCAAGGACAGAGGCGUUAUCCCUACCAAUUAUAUACACAACAAUAUGACAACCUUUUGUUCUUGACACAGGCUCACAGCAUUCUGAAACACUCUGCUAUCAGAUUUGCAUAAUGUUAAACACCAAACCUUGAAAAGAAAACCACAAAGUAGUAUUUCUUGGUUUUCCUGGAUUUCUAACUGGGGGGCAUCGUUCUAGUAUGUAUUUCAGCCAGAUCUGGAGGUCAAAUGCUGAUUUACUAAUUCAGGUAAAGAAGUGUUGGGAAAGCAGUUGUCACUGAGCCUAGGCACAGUCUGACAGAGGUCAGGAUGACUGCAUAUUAUGAGUAUCCUUCAUGUGUGAGUCCCAUUUAGAUGACUUCUACUGAAAUUACUUUGGGAUAAAAGGGAAAAUAUCAUAAUUUUUCUUAUACAGAGGAUUUGAGAAAAAGUUGCUUUAUUUAAUUAAACCAUGGACAAAAAAAAAUCUGCAAUAAGAUUAAUAAGAAUAUAUUGAAUAGCUCUUUGCAUGAUUAGUGAUAUGCAUCAGUCACUUGGAGUUGUUGAUGGAGGCCGGGAUUUUGGGGGGCCUUUUAAGAUGCUCAAGGAAAAUUAAUCAUACUUCAUGCGCCAAAGCAAUGCUAACUUUUUAAAGCAAAAAGACAGUUGCUGUUUGAAACACAUUUAUUACGCUUGUGCAUUGUUGAUGAAUAAAUAAGUUUACAUGGUGUGAAGAAUUUACUUAGAUUAAUAAAUAAAAGAUAAAAUAUAUUUGAUUAUUUUGAUUUAUAUGAGAUUUAAACUAAUUUAAACUAGAUUGAAACACAUUUAUUACGCUUGUGCAUUGUUGAUGAAUAAAUAAGUUUACAUGGUGUGAAGAAUUAACUUAGAUUAAUGAAUUAAUAAAUAAAAGAUUUAUGAGAUUUAAACUAAUAAGGUGGCACAUCUAUCACAAUAACUAAGUGAAACUCAAUUGUCUAUUUUAUGAGAUGGAAAUCUUCCCUUAUUAGUACAAAUGUAAAACGGCUUACAAACCAGUGAUUUGCAAAUUUUGUUUAAACGUUUUGGUAUUUUUUUUUGUGAUUGUAUAAUGGUAUGGAAAUACUAUAAUGACAAUGGUGUAUUUUGUUUUCCUUGAGGACCCAGGGUGCAGUUGUGACCACCACAUUUAGAAAUAGGGUGGUUUAGUUCCGAGACACAUACAUGCAUUCCUUGCCAUUGUCACGCCACAUUCAGGGUACCAUUCUUUGCAUGUUUUAAGUCUUCUUUAUGAUGUGAUUGUGGCAAAAAUCAGUGAGCAUGCUGAAUCAAAUGUAAAUGAGCCAGUAUCCUGUCCAUUAUUAUUGCCUCAGCACACUGUGUGGCCAAGAAUAAAAAAGAGCUAAAGAAGAA